UAUCUUUCUCGCACACGCACGCACGCACACACGCACGCACGCACACACACACGCACACACGCACACACACACACUGAAAUUGGGGAAGUCUGGCAUGCUGGUUACUUCCUCUUGCUUUGCGGAGAGCAAAGAUCAGUCACCCAGUGAGAGCCUGGUCUUAAGUCCUGACAAGAUCCAAAGAGUGUAUGGAAGGAACUAUGCCUCACCAAGCUCUGCUCUUGGUUCUAUCUAUCCUGCUGGCCUACUGGCCCCAGAGGGGGUUAGUUCAGGAGGUCCAAUGACCUGUCCACACUAUUUGCAACACGGACAAACUGCAGAUGUUCUAUCGCAACCCUUUACAGGACAUUGGCAUCAGUGUUAACACAUGCCCUCCCAUGCCACCAUCCUACAAGGGCAAUUUGAGAGUGUCACUUCUGCUUCGGCAGUCUAUUGAGGAGCUAUACCUGUCUGCUAAUGUGCUCACAGGAGUGGUGGCUCCGUUAUCCCAUGACGAGCCCCUGUGCCUGCCCGAUUUCCCCUGCUUCACCUUCUGCUCCCGGAAGAAAGGAGUUUAUAUUAUGAAUUUAUUCUUCCUCUGCUCUCCUCUCCAGGGUCAACAUGAUGUGCAUGUUGUUUUGGUGAACCAAUACGGUUACCACAUUGCCUGCUUCAAUGUCACUUUCAUAAAAGAUAGGGGAGACAAAGGUUUAAUAUGAAUUAGAUUACAUAAGGGAUGAGAGGAGAAUAAUAAAUCAAUUUGGCCAUAUUUGGUCAAUAGUUUUUGGAUAGUGUGGUGAAUGCUACUGAAAUAACGAACAAUGUACUGAGAUAUUAGCUGUUUUACUUUAGAUUUGUCAUUCUAUAAACAUAUAGAAUUAUUGGACACAGAUUAAGCCUAGUACUAGAUUUAAAACUACUUUGAAUGAAGAAUCUAUCUUAAACAUGCUUAUUCUUAGUCUAAAACGAAGCUUAAUAUAACGCCCUGACCUUAGAGAUCCUUUUUAUGUCUCUAUUUUUGGUUUGGUCAGGGCGUGAGUUGGGGUGGGCAUUCUAUGUUGUGUGUUCUAUGUUUUCUUUUUCUGUGUGUUUGGCCGGGUGUGGUUCUCAAUCAGAGGCAGCUGUCUAUCGUUGUCUCUGAUUGAGAACCAUACUUAGGUAGCCUUUUCCCACCUGUGGUUUGUGGGUAGUUGUUUUCUGUCUUUGUAUCUGCACCAGAAAGAACUGUUUUGUGUUGGUCUAUCUUUGUUAUUUUGUUUCGUGUUCUGUUAUAAUAAAUUAACAUGGGCACUUACCGCGCUGCGUUUUGGUCCGAUCUUGACUACUCUUCAUCAGACGAAGAGGAUCGUUACACUUAAUCUGUGUCCGGGAAACUGGCCCAUGUACAAAUCAAAACCACGUACAAAACUAAACCAUUUGAUGAAAACCGACCUGCAUCAUAAUUCAAAUUAGAAAUCCAUGUUUUGUGAAAGUGCAUAAUGUCAGUCUAAAGAUUCUUGUAAAUUCUUGUAAAUUAGUUAUUUGUUAUUUGCUCUGCAGGUACUCUGAAUCCCUUGCUACAUAUUUCAACAAACAACAAACAAAUUAGGCUUCUUAACGUUCUUCUGACUACUGAUGAUUCCAAAAUGAAACUCUUACUUAAAAUAAACACUUCAAAAGCAAAAAUGUCCUGACUGAGUAGGCAUACAUCAGCAGUUUCCAGUCUGGUCCACUAGAGGGCCUGCUCUUUUCAGUGUGAGACAGUACAAAUAGAUAAUUCUCCAUGCCAAAUGUGAGAAGUUCCUUGUUGGUUUUAUUGUUGACAUAACAAUUUGUGAACCCAUUAAUGUAUCCUGUUACAUCAAUGUCACUGUGUUAUUUAUCAGUAACGGUGCUCUGUGGUCAAAUUGGACAGUGAUGCUAUUUUAGCUGGAUGUUGAUACAUUGUCGCUUUUGGUGAUUGUACAUGUGAAUUUGGAUACA